AUGCAAAACACUUUAUUAAUGUCGUAAUCUGAAAUUCUUUUCCAGCUUUCCUUUGGCACUCUUACAAUUCACAUCUCUUUGUUUGAUAGUUACCACUCAUAAUCUUCAGCUGGCCAUAAUAGCAAAAGGGCCCAAAAGCAAAUCCCACAAACAUUAAGGGUAGAUUUAGAAAUAGAACAACUCAGUUCCUUGCCAUUUCAGUCCACCAAAAACACUGCUAAACAAUUGUCUCUGCUCUUCCUUUCUCUUGCAAACUCAUCGCUCUGUCGGUCGGUCCCCACAACUAAGCCUCGAAAGCCUAGGCCUACAUUGCCAGAUGGGGACAGAUGUCACUCUCCAAUUGGCUGUCCUCAUCUUCACCCUAUGCAUCUUCUACCUCCUGCACCACCUUCCCAAACAAGCCCUAAGUAAACUCCGGUCGAAAGCCCGGCCAAACGUCCAAGCUCACCGCCACUUCAUUUCGGGGGCCCAAUUCUUGGCCCGAGCCCGAUCCGUUCAAUUCAAGAACAACAAAUCCACCGCUUUUAACCUCGCUAAAUCCGCCGCCACGGAAGCCGACAAAGCACUGGCCAUUCAGCCCAAAGACCCAGCCGCUCAUAUUCUCAAAGCCGUGGCCCUCGAUAUAAUGGGCCAUAAAGGCCCGGCCCUGAAGUCGCUAGAUAUGGCCCUCUCGCCGGCGGUCGUGAAGGGAUUGUCGGAGAAAGAUAGAGGGGAUGCGUUGUUUAAAAGGGCCGAGUUGCAAAUUGCCAUCAAUCGGAGGAGACGAGUUGACUCGGCCGUGUCGGACCUGGUUGAAGCGGUGAUGUUGAGUUGUGAUAAUGCUGACGCUCGGCUUUGCUUACUGGGACGGUGUUACGAAAUGAAAGGGCUGAUGGAGGAAGCCAAGAACGCUUUUCUCGAGGCCUUAAAGAUUGAUCCUGGGCUCGAUGAGGCUCGCGAGGGAUUGGGCCGUUUGGGUUUUUAAAGUUGGGUAGAGGAUAUACUCUUAGGUGGGCUUUCACUUGGGCUUGUAAUAUUGUAAAAUCACACUCCACACUCGAUUUUCUGUAAUGAACUGGGAAUUUGUAUACUCCCAUUUCCCUUUUAUGGUCUGAUUCCUUUCUA